AUGGCCCUAGAAUCAAAUGGCAACAACGUGGUGUGGUUGAACACAACCCGUCCUGAUCAGAUACAGCAGACACUGGGAUACCUGUCGUUAUUGUAAUUUCACUCGAUUGGCGAGACCCCAGCCAGCCGGAGCGUCUGACGAGCCUUUCUGAUUAACAGAGUCAACCGAUCGAGCAGCCUUUGAAGUGUUCCAUGUUUACUCAAACGGAACAGACUAACAGUUUCACCCAGACGGAACAGAGCAAUUCGAGUUACGGGGAUCAGAGACAGCAGCAAACAGCAAUGUUUGACCCGCAGCAAAUACAGCAGCAGCAGGCUGCUGCGCAGAGCCAGCAGUCGCAGCAGCAGCAGCAGACCCAGCAGAUGUAUGUCACGUCGGACAAGAAGGAGGACAAGUCCCAGCAGCAGCAGCAGCAGCAGGCGACCACCACCGAGUUCCCCCCCUCCUUCUACUACAACGUCAACAUGCUGCAGAAGGUUCAGACAAACGCGGUGAGCACAAUCAGUGCAAUCACCGAUGACAAGGGUUGUUACCGUUUCGAUGUUCAACCUGUCGGUUAUAAUACAUUGCUAAACCAGAUGAGCAUUGCCGCCGCCAAUGCGACCUUCAAGUGCGACAUUUGCGGCCUGGUCUUCGGCCACUUGAGCCUGCUGCAGCAUCACAAGCGGAUUCACACCUCGACGCCCAGCAAUCUGCAGCAACAGCCGCAGCAGAUUGUGGUGCAAACGCCGACGACAGUGACCGUCGCCACCACGCCGGAGAGACCGUACACUUGUGACGUUUGUGGAGCGUGUUUUGCAUUACCGGGAGAAUUAAAAAGUCAUAAGACAAACAUGCAUCAGAAACCUAAGGUGCAAAUUUGUGAGGAUUGUGGCAGUGAGGACCCGUGCGAACAUCAUCCGACUAAAGUUAAAAAGACUAUCAAACCUGGCCAUCAUCCUGUGAAACGAAGGGGUGUCACCAGCGUCACCAAGUGUCACAAGUGCAACGGCACGGGCAUUAUUUUUAUUGGUAAACACGACGAAAAACUAGAUUCCGGAAUCAGUUCCCUCGCAAAGUGUGGCGGCUGCAAGGCUACAGGCCGCAUCCUCAUAGGAAGUGGCAAGCAAAACAGUCAAAAUCAGACGGAAAAGCCAUUUCACUGUAACGUUUGCGAUGGUACAUUUUCUCGAUAUUCUUCGCUCUGGUCUCAUAAAAGACUUCAUUCGGGAGACAAACCAUUCAAAUGCGAAGUCUGCGGCUUAGCCUUUGCAAAGGCUGCCUAUCUAAAAAAUCACGGAAGGGUUCACACCGGCGAGAAACCGUUCAAGUGCAACGUUUGCGGCAUGCAGUUCUCGCAGAGCCCCCACUUGAAGAAUCACGAGCGAAUUCAUUCCGGCGAGCGACCCUAUCAGUGCGAGGUCUGCGAAAAGACGUUCGCCAGACACUCGACGCUCUGGAAUCACAGGAGAAUUCACACCGGCGAGAAGCCGUACAGGUGUAACAUCUGCGGCUCCGCCUUCAAUCAAGCCACGCAUCUCAAGAAUCACGCGAAGGUCCACACCGGCGAGAAGCCACACAGGUGCGACAUAUGUGAGAUUGGCUUUUCCGAUCGUUUCGCGCUGAAGCGUCACCGUGCGAUCCACGAGAAGUAUGGGCAGACGGCGCGGAACCAGAACGCGAACAACCCGGCGAACGCACAACAAGCCAACGCGAGUAGUCAGCAGCAGUCGCAGCAGCAGCAGCAACAGCAGCCGCAGCAGGCGCAGCAGGGCCAGGUCGUGGUCGUGAACGCGUCCACUCCCGUCACCGUCAGCCAAGCGCAAGGCCAAGUUAUGCUUGAAGAGGUCUACAAGUGUCAGGUGGCCUUCCCAGAGCCUAAAUGAUUCAGCUAGAGAAUACCUUUCAGGAGCUGGUAAAGGGGUUAACUUUUUUAACCUUUUUCUUUUUAUAUUAAUCUCGAGAACGGCAAAAUCCAUGGAUAACAGAUGUCUGGAUUUUCUGACUACUCUGAAAGAGUCAAGUGAAUUCUGCAUGAGUGACUGAACGACGCGUCUCCAUUUUUUUUCUUUUCUUUUACGUGUGUGUGUACGGCCACUAUGGAUUCUGCGGAAGAAUAUUCGGUGACUGUCGAUAGAUUGGACUUAGAUAUGGAUAAAGAUUUCAAGGGAGGAAAACAAGAGAAAAGUAUGGACGGAAGGACUCUGCGUGAAGUUACGCGAGUGAGAAAUUUCGUGAGAUGUAUCCCUGGGAGUUUCAUUCGUAAUAUACAAUUGGACGAUUCCCAACCGCCAGGAUCAACGAAGUCUUUUUGUGAAGUAAUAGAGAAACACGUCUACCUUUAUAUUUUGCCAUUCGGAAAAGGUGGAAGAACAAUUGAAUCGUGUCGCGGCAUAUUUCGUAUACAUUAGUUUUCUAAAGUAAACAAAACGGAAAAUGUAAUUAUAAUCGUAUCAUUCUUUCUUACAUAUGUGUAAUAAUCGUUGAUUUGUCCACGAGAGAACAAAAUUGCUAGACGUCUUGCCAGUAUCUCAUGAUAUCUCAUGAAUGGCAUUGUGCAAUAGUUCCGACAAAUUUUGCGAUUAGCCCGACGAUAAAGUGUACUUUCGAAUGAUUGUAACAACGGAGGAUUGCGACGGCGUGUGUUUCGGUAAUGAAGAGCGCAAGUAUAAGGUAUCGAGUAUUUCUCUCUCUCUCUUACACACACAAACACACACACACACACACACACACUCUCUCUCUCUCUCUCUCACUCUCUCUCUCACUCUUUUAAUCUAAAAUAGUUGAGAAAUGUCCAAACCUCGGCCCUUCCGGUUUUUCUUCGAUAUCGACAUGAUGAUAAAUUGUAUGUCAACGUUUAAAUUUAACUAUUUAAUUUUGGAUAAAUUAUUGCAUCAAUUACUUAUUUGACAAAUACAAAAUUUGUGCGAAAACGAACGUGUAAUCGACGAGCGGAAGCUUCUGUACGACGCCCGGGAGAUUCUGUACUUGCGGAUAGCGUGGAACGGAACGACAUCGCGGUCUGUGCGAGCCCUCUUCCGUCCAGUCAUUCGAGAUCAGUAAAGCGUCGCGUCGCCGAGAUGACGACAAUGAUCAUGAUGAAAAGCGGCGAAGGAGUAGUGCGGCAUACCUAUAUAACUCGCUGGGGCUGCAAUAAUAGUAGCGAAUAUCGACGGGCAAACUAAAUACACCGUUUUAUAAUUUUAAGAAGCCGCGAACUAUAUGAGUAUAUUAUAACUGAUGAAUAGUUGCUAGUUUGUAACAAGUAGCUGAGCUAGAUUAUAUAUACAUAUAAAUAUAAAAAAUAUAUAUAUACAUUAAUUUUUAUAUCCCCACUUGUUAAGGCGAUCCCGCACCGUCGCUACUUUUUAAGUAUCAAUGAUUAUCCAGACAAAUAGAUUGUACAUUGGUAGCUCCAUUCAUCCGUGAACACUUGUGUGCUACGCACUAUCUCACUUUCCAAGUUAUUAUUUGGAUACCCUCCCGAGAAUGCUUGUGCAACUGUUACGCAAUUUUUCAAGCGCGAAUACACGCGUCUUUACUGUUAUUUAAUUAUUUUUUGCAUCUUUAUUUCUUCGUCGUUGAGUCAUCAAACAACGUAUAUUCUAUUUCUCUUUUUAUACGAUAUAAUUUUAAAAGAUCUAAUUAUGCGAGGGAGACAGGCAUAAGCUCGAGGGUGUCCCAAAUAAUUCUUUUUACACGAAAUCAUGUGACGUACGUGUCCGCGUACACAUUACGAGACGGUCAGUCUACGUGAUUUGCUAAUAAAUUCGACUUUCGCACGGAAUCCGGAAUUGGGGAUAUUUCUGUUUUACUAAUUAACUUGUAAAAUAAAACUACGCAAUUACAUAAUUUUACUUUUACACGAUAGCAAUACCUGUUACAGUAUUUUCGACUAGAGACCAGCAACUUCACGCUGGACUUUACCUAUCCUCGUUUUCGGUUCUUCAGGAUUAGAAUAGAGCUGUCUGAGCCGUGAUUCACGAGCAAUUAAUUUUAUAGCUCGUUUAUCGCUACUUCGUGUCGCAACAUUGCCGCGCUUAUAGCUUUUACGAAUUGUAGGAGAGACGGCAAAUAGUCUUGCUACAUAAUGGCUUUAGAUAAGCUCCAACAAACACGGUCAAAGACAGAGAGACCGGUGGUGAUACACGCGCUCGAAAUCGAACUGUCGGGAGUCACAGAUUAGAUACACCUGAGUUAAAAUACAAAUCAUAGUUGCAGCAUCGCAGGUUUUAUGAUCACGAAAAGAUAAUGUUUUCUUCUCCCCUUCUGUAUUGCGAAAAAGAAAAUUUCCGUUUCAAGUCGACGCGCAAACCCCACCUACUUCGAUUACAAUCGCGAGGAUGUAAAACGGAAUAAAGAUAAUCUUCGAUCCUAACACUUGGUACAUUCUGCACGGGAGCGGCGUUUCUUCUUUUUCUCUUAGCGUUCGGGGAGAAACCAUCCUUAAUCUAAAAUGUGCUCUUUGUAUCUAGAAUUCUAUUUUAUGUGAGCCAAUCGAGACGCUUAAAAGUUAGCCGACAACGCACGAUUAAUCAACUUGUACAAAGUUUUCAAACAAGUAUUUAUUGGCUGCAAAGUAAAAUGUUUCUAGACACAUCGAAGCGAGAACGUUACACUUCAGUAUUCUGUAUAUUUACUAGAGUAGGCGCAGAUUAUUCGAUCGUUUCACUGCAGUUUCCACAGUAUUGUUACAAAUGCCGUGCUUCUUUCCGCGGUGAUUCACAUCGAGCAGACGAACAACAAACACAAAGUCAAAACUAUCUUCAAUAUGUUCGAGAUAACUGAAUGCCAGUACAAUCAGUUCGAUAGAACGUGAACAUUUCGCGUACGUCCUCCAGAGCUUUGACAAAAAUUUGCACUCGUUAAGAUUUGAACAACUCGUUGCUUGUUCGUAUGCUCGUUAUACACACGCUCCUUCUCGCGGACAAUUUACAACUUUGAAAGACAACGCGCGUAGGGUGACAAUAAAGCGACUCUCGUACAUUUCGUGUCCUUGUAAGAUUAGAAGAAAAUGCACCGUAUUGUACGAUACACGCUCAGCCAUUAAAUUAGGCGCGGAAAUAAUUUCUGUUUCUCCGAAAUAUCUUGAAUCUCUGCGAUUCGUCCAAUCCGAUCGGCGAAAGGAAUUAUUUUAGUCUGCUGUUCACGGUUAAAGGUAGAUUGAACGAUAUCAUUUUAUGACAAGUGACACGUCGUGAACGUUUCAUGUAUUUUAUAUCAUUUUAUCUCGUCGACCUUGCGCUAUUUUCUCCCUCAAGUACGAGACUCACUCCUCAUGUUUUAUAUAAUAGUUAGGUAAUUACGUAAAUAUGAAGUUUGCCGCACAGUUUUGCGUUGUGGAAACUUUUACAAUGACGGAACGUUUGUGCGCGGAAAGAAACAGUUGUAUCUACCUUCACCGGCAAACCGAUUGUAAGAUUACGGAGGCCAUUGGAAAGAUUUCAAAAUCGAAUAGGAGGGCUCUAAUCGGCGUCGCGGAACAACAUGAUGUAAAAUAAAAAAUGCACAAGACUAAUGUAAAAGUCACAGCGCGAUUGACAGCGACGCGCAGUGCGAGCGAGAUGCUCUCGACUAUGCGUCUUCAAUUGACAUUCUCGCGGAACCUAUUUUUUAGGGGGGGGAAAAGUCUCUAUUUUGAUUACAUCACUAACUCUAUCAAGCUGUGAUCAGAUGGUCAAAUUUACGGUAGUAACAUGGCUUAAAUAAGCGUCCUCAUCAAAACUUAAGACAAGUACUCUUAGAACUGUUCACGAGCGAACACUUUGCGCUGACGUGCACGCAGACGAGACUCUCUUUCGACGAUACACUUUUGUACACUUAUACCUGCGUCGAGAAACCCGUAAUUAAGGAAACGAAAAGAAUUGCGGAAGUCGCGGGAGAACCGGAGCGAGGUGUACGAAAUGUAAUUACGAAUUACUACGCGCGACUGUAUAAUUUUAAGGCGACCUGUUGAGAAUUGCUGCAGCAGAUACGGCGCCGUGUCCCGGAAUGCGUUAUCUCGUUGACUGCGUAAAAUACUGUACAUCUAUUUGCCCGAUAGCGUUUUAGUUCGGACUGAUCGGCACGGCGAAGUGACUCCGCGACGAUCCGAUCGCGCGAGGGCAGAAGCGACUUCGAGCGGUGUGUCUUCCCGCAGCAAUUCCGUUGCUCCGAGAUAAUGUUACGUCGGCGAGGAGCCCAGAGCUUCCCAGUUUGAAUCAAAAUCGUCUGGAAGCGUCUUCCUUAAUCUCAGUGUACUCUAAUUUUGCCGGGACUUCGCGAUUUAGUUGUACAUACGUCCGUGAGGAACGAAGACCCGCACCCACGAGCGAGCGGGUCCCCGGAGAGCAUAUUUUUUCACCGCUAUUUUUCGUCACUUGUGCGUCCGUAUCGAGUGUAAUUCGUCGAGCGUGUCGAACGAGCGGUUCGCCGAGGAACGACUGUAUCAAGUUUUUUUUUUACACCGUCAAGGGUCGAGGUUUCGGAAAUGGUGAAUUCACAAGAGCCGAACUUGUUUCUUCGACAAAUGUAACUUGCGUUCCCGGAAGAAUGUCACUGCACGGAACCCCCGAUGAUCCCCCUCGGACGCGCCACAUCCGACCCUUCCAGCGUGGAACUCUUAACGGCCUGAGAACGUCGACCGUUUUGCGCUUACUGUAAUUUUGUAUUUACGCAGAGUGGAGAGACGUUAACGCGCGCCCGCGUCGAAUUUGUAUAUUUCCAUUUUGCCGAAGCGUACUAUUUUUUUAAUUGUAUAACGUCCCCCUACUGUAUACCCGACUUGAUGUAACUGAUCGGUCAUUUCUGACGCAUUCAUCAUGUACGAAUGAAGGAGGUCACACCACGUGCGGAUUGAGUUGUCACGCCUCGCUGGAUUAAUUUACGAUAUACCUAUAUAUCUAUCUAUAUAACGGUAGUAGCGAUUUUUUUUAUAAUAAAACACGUUCCUAAUAAA